ACCUGAUUGGUUGUUGUUUCAGUAUUGGGAAUUCCCUCUGUGGAUCUGAAGCUGCCGGGUAGAAACUGCUGGCAAAAAUAAUAUAAGAAUUUCCAUCAAAUUCUAGCCAACUCAUUACAGAGUUGCAAGGAAAAUGAAGAAGACAUUACUUUUAAUAGGAAUAUUAGGAUUAAUCUGCGUUUCUGCUGUACGGGCAGAAGAUGAAGACGCAGCUAAGGUUGCAGAUGAUAUCGGUAAAAGUAGAGAUGGCUCAAAAACAGAUGAUGAAGUUGUACAGAGGGAAGAAGAGGCAAUCAAGCUUGAUGGGCUAAACGUUGCACAGAUGAAAGAAUUACGAGACAAAGCUGAAAAACAUGCAUUCCAGGCGGAGGUCGAUCGUAUGAUGAAACUCAUCAUCAAUUCCUUGUACAAAAACAAAGAGAUUUUCUUGAGAGAACUGAUCUCAAAUGCUUCAGAUGCCCUCGAUAAGAUCCGAUUUAUGUCUCUCACCGACAAGAGUGCGUUAGCAGCAACAGAUGAACUAAGCAUUAAAAUUAAGGCAGAUAAAGACAAUCAUGUGCUACAUGUUACUGACACGGGUAUUGGUAUGACGAAGAAUGACCUUGUCAAUAAUCUCGGAACUAUUGCCAAGUCGGGAACAAGUGAAUUUUUGACGAAGCUCGGAGAAAGUCAAUCUCAGGUUGAAAUGACAGAUCUCAUUGGACAGUUUGGUGUUGGAUUUUAUUCCUCAUUUUUGGUUGCUGAUCGUGUAAUUGUGACAUCUAAACACAACGAUGAUGAGCAACACAUUUGGGAGUCCGACUCCAACGAGUUCAGCGUCAGCAAGGAUCCUCGUGGAAAUACUCUUGGUCGUGGAACAACAAUCAGUUUGCAUUUGAAGGAGGAGGCCCAUGAUUUCUUGGAAGAGAGUUCAUUGAAGAACCUCGUAACAAAAUACAGUCAGUUCAUCACAUUUAACAUCUACUUGUGGGAAAGCACUACAACUGAGGUUGAGGAACCAAUAGAUGAAGAUGAAGAAGAAACAAAGGAAGAAAAGAGUGAUGAGGAUGAAGAUGCAGAGGUGGAGGAAGAAAAGGAUGAAGAUAAACCAAAGACGAAAAAAGUCUCCAAGACUGUUUGGGAUUGGGUCCUUGUCAAUGAUGUUAAACCUAUCUGGACUAGAAAACCAUCUGAAGUCGAGGAUGAUGAGUAUAAUGACUUCUAUAAAUCUGUCAGCCACAAAUCAGAUGAACCCCUAGCCAAAAUACACUUCACAGCCGAAGGCGAGGUCACAUUUAAAUCCAUUCUGUUUGUUCCCAAAUCUAGUCCAAAUGAUAUGUUCCAGAACUAUGGCAAAAAGAUGGAAGGAAUUAAGAUGUAUGUAAGAAGAGUUUUCAUCACGGAAGAUUUCGAAGACAUGAUGCCAAAAUAUCUUUCAUUCAUCACUGGUGUAGUCGACUCGGAUGAUUUGCCACUGAAUGUGUCAAGAGAAACGCUCCAACAACACAAACUUCUAAAGGUCAUUAAGAAGAAACUCGUUAGAAAAACAUUGGAUAUGAUUAAAAAGAUUGAAAAAGAUGAUUACGAUAAAUUCUGGAAAGAGUACAGUACUAACAUUAAACUUGGAGUGAUUGAAGACCACUCAAAUAGAACACGUCUGGCCAAAUUGUUGAAAUUUUACUCCUCAAACUCGGACACUGAACAGACUUCGUUGGUGGACUAUAUGGAGAGAAUGAAGGAAAAACAAGAACAUAUUUACUUCAUGGCCGGAACAAGCAGGCAGGAGGUUGAGAAGUCACCAUUUGUUGAGAGGCUGUUGAAGAAAGGAUAUGAAGUGUUGUAUCUAGUAGAACCAGUUGACGAAUACUGUAUCCAGUCCCUCCCGGAGUUUGAAGGCAAAAAAUUCCAGAACGUUGCCAAGGAAGGCCUUAAGAUUGACCAAUCAGAGAAGGCAAAAGAAUACAAAGAACAAUUGGAAAAAGAUUUCGAACCUUUGAUCAAAUGGUUGAAGGACACUGCUCUUGGAGAUAAGAUUGAGAAGGCAGUUAUUUCCGAGAGGUUGUCUGAGUCACCAUGUGCAUUGGUUGCCAGUCAGUUUGGCUGGUCUGGUAACAUGGAGAGAAUUAUGAAGGCUCAGGCAUACGCUAAAUCUCAGGACCCGUCUCAACAAUAUUAUGCAUCACAGAAAAAGACUUUAGAAGUUAACCCAAGACAUCCUUUAAUAAAAGAACUUAAAACAAGAGUAGAGGCUAACGCAGAUGAUACAACAGCUAAAGAUCUUGCUGUUGUUAUGUUUGAAACAGCUACUUUAAGAUCAGGAUAUUCUGUACCAGAUUCGGCAGAAUUUGCCAGCAGAAUUGAAAGAAUGCUUCGAGUAGCUAUGGAUGUUGAUUUAGAUGCAAAGGUUGAGGCAGAGCCAGAAUUUGAUGAUGAACCAGCUGAUGAAGAUGAAGAUACGGAAGAAGUUGCUGCUGAUGAGGAAGGUGGUGAUGAUAAGGCAGAUGAUUCAGAGGAAAAGGAAGAAUGCACAUUUUGCAAACGUAAAAUUUUGGGCUGGUUCCAUUCCUCUGAUAGUGAUGGCGAUGGAAUUCCUGACGAUGAAGACAACGACGACGACAAUGAUGGUACUCCUGAUCAUCUAGACGAUGAUGAUGAUAAUGAUGGUAUAAAAGAUGCGGACGAAAAAGAUUCUGAUAACGAUGGGGUACCAGACGAUCUAGAAGACGAACCUGAUAUAGAUCACAUCGCUCAGAGUUAUUUAGAAGAUGGCACCCCAAAACAUCUGAGGGAAUUUUGUCUUAGGAAGCUUAAACUUAGAGAAAAGGAUCCAAGGUGUAAACAGUACAUGUCUGCUCCUGAUAUAAACUGGGACGAUCUAGAUGCCGACCUCGAUAACGACGGUAUACCAAACCAUUUAGACGACGAUGAUGAUAACGAUGGAAUAAGAGAUUCCGACGAGAAAGACAGCGACGGAGAUGGUUUUUCCGAUGACGAAGAUAAUGAUGAUGAUAAUGAUGGGAUACCAGACCAUUUGGACAAUGACGACGAUAAUGACGGAAUUGAUGACGAUAAAGAAAACGACAGUGAUGGGGAUGGUGUUCCCGACGAGCAAGAUAAUGACGAUGACAAUGACGGCAUACCAGACCAUUUAGACAGAGACGACGAUAAUGACGGUGUUGAUGAUGAAGAAGAAAACGACAGUGAUGGUGACGGUAUUCCCGAUAACCAAGAUAAUGACGAUGAUAAUGAUGGAAUACCCGACCAUUUAGACAGAGACGACGAUAAUGACGGUGUUGAUGAUAAUGAAGAAAAUGACAGUGAUGGAGACGGUAUUUCCGAUGACCAAGAUAAUGACGAUGAUAAUGAUGGUAUACCUGAUCACUUAGACAAAGACGAUGACAAUGACGGUAUAGAUGAUGACCACGAAAAAGACAGUGAUGGAGACGGUGUUCCCGACGAGCAAGACAAUGACGACGACAACGAUGGCAUACCCGACCACUUAGACAAAGACGAUGACAAUGACGGGAUUGAUGAUGACGAAGAAAAAGACAGUGAUGGAGACGGUAUUCCCGACGAGCAAGAUAAUGGCGACGACAACGAUGGCAUACCCGAUCACUUAGACAAAGACGAUGACAAUGAUGGUAUUGAUGAUGACCACGAAAAAGACAGCGAUGGGGACGGUAUUCCCGAUGAUCAAGAUAAUGACGAUGACAACGAUGGUAUACCCGACCACUUAGACAAAGACGAUGACAAUGACGGGAUUGAUGAUGACGACGAAAAGGACAGUGAUGGAGACGGUGUUCCCGACGAGCAAGAUAAUGACGACGACAACGAUGGCAUACCCGAUCACUUAGACAAAGACGAUGACAAUGACGGGAUUGAUGAUGACAAAGAAAAAGACAGUGAUGGAGACGGUAUUCCCGAUGACCAAGAUAAUGAUGAUGACAACGAUGGCAUACCCGACCACUUAGACAAAGACGAUGACAAUGAUGAUAUUGAUGAUGACCACGAAAAGGACAGCGAUGGGGACGGUAUUCCCAAUGAUCAAGAUAAUGAUGAUGACAACGAUGGUAUACCCGAUCACUUAGACAAAGACGAUGACAAUGACGGUAUUGAUGAUGACAACGAAAAGGACAGUGACGGAGACGGUAUUCCCGAUGAUCAAGAUAAUGACGAUGACAAUGAUGGCAUACCAGAUCAUUUAGACAAAGACGGUGAUAAUGACGGGAUCGAAGAUGACAAAGAAAAAGACAGUGAUGGUGACGGUAUUCCUGAUGACCAAGAUAACGACGACGACAACGAUGGCAUACCAGAUCAUUUAGACAAAGAUGAUGAUAAUGAUGGGAUCGAUGAUGAUGAAGAAAAAGACAGUGAUGGAGACGGUAUUCCCGAUGACCAAGAUAACGACGAUGACAACGAUGGCAUACCAGAUCGUUUAGACAAAGACGAUGAUAAUGAUGGUAUUGAUGAUGACGGAGAGAAAGACAGUGAUGGUGACGGUAUUCCCGAUGACCAAGAUAAUGAUGAUGACAACGAUGGCAUACCCGACCACUUAGACAAAGACGAUGACAAUGACGGGGUAGAUGAUGACGACGAAAAGGACAGCGAUGGGGACGGUAUACCCGACGAGCAAGAUAAUGACGAUGACAAUGAUGGUAUACCCGACCACUUAGACAAAGACGAUGACAAUGACGGGGUAGAUGAUGAUGACGAAAAGGACAGCGAUGGGGACGGUAUACCCGACGAGCAAGAUAAUGACGAUGACAAUGAUGGUAUACCCGACCACUUAGACAAAGACGAUGACAAUGAUGGGAUUGAUGAUGACGAGGAAAAGGACAGUGAUGGAGAUGGUAUUCCUGAUGAUCAAGAUAAUGACGAUGACAAUGAUGGUAUACCCGACCACUUAGACAAAGACGAUGACAAUGACGGGGUAGAUGAUGACGAAGAAAAGGACAGCGAUGGGGACGGUAUACCAGACGAGCAAGAUAAUGACGAUGACAAUGAUGGUAUACCCGACCACUUAGACAAAGACGAUGACAAUGACGGGAUUGAUGAUGACGACGAAAAGGACACUGUAGAUAGCGAUGGUGAUGGAAUUCCUGAUUACCUAGACGACGACGAUGACAAUGAUGGUAUACCAGACUCCCAAGACGAUGACUCUGACAAUGACGGCAUUCCCGACUGGAAACAGAAAGACACGGACGGUGAUGGAAUCCCCGAUUAUCUUGAUGACGACAUUGACGGUGAUGGGAUUCCUAACGAUGAGGAUGACGAUAUCGAUGGUGAUGGUAUUCCAAAUGAUAAGGACAAUGACGCAGACGGAGAUGGAAUACCAGACGAGCUUGAAAAGGAUACCGACGGUGAUGGUAUUCCUGAUUAUUUGGAUGAUGAUAUUGAUGGUGAUGGGAUUCCGAACGAUGAAGACGAGGAUGAUGAUGGUGAUGGAAUACCUGAUAACCUUGAAGAUGCCGAUGGCGAUGGCAUUCCAGAUGCUGUAGAUGAUGACGACGAUAAUAAUGGAAUACCAGAUGAAAAAGAAAAAGACUCCGACGGAGACGGAAUUCCCGAUUAUUUGGACGAUGAUGAUGACAAUGAUGGAAUUCCUGACUAUCUUGACGACGACGAUGAUGGAGAUGGUAUUCCCGAUUACCAGCAGAGAGAUACAGAUGGUGAUGGAAUUCCAGAUUACCUGGAUGACGACAUCGAUGGUGAUGGAAUACCAAAUGAGCAAGAUGACGAUAUAGAUGGUGAUGGAAUUCCAAACGAUCAAGAUAAUGACGACGACGGCGAUGGUAUACCUGACAAUAAAGAGAAAGAUACCGAUGGUGAUGGCAUUCCGGAUUACCUUGAUGAUGAUAUUGAUGGAGAUGGGAUUCCGAAUGAUGAGGAUGAUGACAUUGAUGGUGACGGAAUUCCUAAUGAUCAAGAUGAUGAUGAUGAUGGGGAUGGCAUACCUGACGACAAAGAAAAAGAUACGGACGGCGACGGCAUACCGGAUUAUUUAGACGACGAUAUUGAUGGUGACGGGAUACCAAAUGAUCAGGACGACGAUGAUGAUGGCGAUGGAAUUCCUGACGACAAAGAAAAGGACACCGACGGUGAUGGAAUACCAGAUUAUCUUGACGACGACAUUGACGGAGAUGGUAUUCCAAAUGAUCAAGAUGACGAUGAUGACGGCGACGGAGUUCCCGACGACAAGGAAAAAGACACUGACGGCGACGGAAUACCAGAUUAUCUUGACGAUGAUAUUGAUGGAGAUGGAAUUCCAAAUGAUAAAGAUGACGACGAUGAUGGUGAUGGAAUUCCCGACGACAAGGAGAAAGAUACUGACGGCGACGGAAUACCAGAUUACUUGGACGAUGAUAUCGAUGGCGAUGGCAUACCGAAUGACCAAGACGACGACGAUGACGGCGAUGGAAUUCCAGACGAUAAGGAGAAAGAUACCGAUGGUGAUGGCAUUCCAGAUUACUUGGACGAUGACAUUGAUGGAGACGGAAUACCAAAUGAUCAGGACGACGACGAUGAUGGCGACGGAAUUCCCGACGACAAAGAGAAAGAUACUGAUGGCGACGGCAUUCCAGAUUACUUAGACGAUGACAUUGAUGGAGAUGGGAUACCAAAUGAUCAAGAUGACGACGAUGACGGCGACGGAAUUCCAGACGAUAAAGAAAAAGAUACCGACGGCGAUGGAAUACCUGAUUAUUUGGACGAUGAUAUUGAUGGGGAUGGAAUUCCAAAUGAUCAAGAUGAUGACGAUGACGGCGACGGAAUCCCAGAUGACAAGGAAAAAGACACAGACGGUGAUGGAAUACCAGAUUAUUUAGAUGAUGACAUUGACGGUGAUGGUAUCCCGAAUGACCAGGAUGACGAUGAUGAUGGCGAUGGAAUUCCUGAUGACAAGGAAAAAGAUACUGAUGGUGAUGGAAUACCAGAUUACCUUGACGACGAUAUUGAUGGAGAAGGCAUUCCAAAUGAUCAAGACGACGAUGAUGAUGGCGAUGGAAUCCCCGAUGACAAGGAAAAAGACACCGAUGGCGAUGGUAUUCCAGAUUAUUUAGAUGAUGAUAUCGAUGGCGAUGGUAUUCCCAAUGAUCAGGAUGACGAUGAUGAUGGCGAUGGUAUUCCUGAUAGUUUAGAGAGGGAUGAAAAUGGUGACGGUAUUCCAGACGUUUUACAGAAAGAUACAGAUGGUGACGGAAUUCCCGAUUACCUUGACGAUGAUAUUGACGGGGAUGGAAUUCCGAAUGAUGAAGACGAUGACAUUGAUGGGGACGGCAUACCAAACGAUCAAGACGACGAUGAUAAUGGGAAUGGUAUUCCAGAUUCUCUCGAAAAAGAUACCGACGGCGACGGAAUUCCAGAUUACCUUGAUGACGAUAUAGACGGAGACGGAAUACCAAAUGAACAAGACGAUGAUAUAGAUGGUGAUGGCAUACCAAAUGAUCAGGACGAUGAUGAAGAUGGUAAUGGAAUACCGGAUUUUCUCGAAAAAGAUACAGAUGGUGACGGUAUACCAGAUUAUCUUGAUGAUGACAUUGAUGGGGACGGAAUACCAAACGAAGAGGAUGACGAUGAUGACGGCGAUGGUAUUCCGAAUGACAAAGAAAAGGAUACUGAUGGUGACGGAAUACCUGAUUAUCUAGAUGACGACAUUGAUGGAGAUGGAAUCCCAAACGAGCAGGAUGAUGACGAUGAUGGCGACGGUAUACCGGAUGACAAGGAAAAGGACACUGACGGUGAUGGCAUUCCAGAUUAUCUUGACGAUGAUAUCGACGGUGACGGUAUUCCUAACGAUGAUGACGGUGACGGCAUUAGAGACGAAGAUGAAAUAGACACCGAUGGUGAUGGUAUACCAGAUCACCUCGAUGACGAUGAUGACAAUGAUGGAAUUCCAGACCAUUUAGAUGAAGAUGCAGAUGGAAACGGUAUACCUGACUAUCAAGAAAUUGACACUGAUGGUGAUGGCAUUCCAGAUUAUUUAGAUGACGACGACGACAAUGAUGGCAUACCUGACGACCAAGAUUCGGAUGCAAAUGGUAACGGUAUUCCAGAUUUUAUGGAGAAAGAUACAGAUGGAGACGGUAUUCCAGAUUAUCUAGACGAUGACGACGAUAAUGAUGGCAUUCCUGAUUAUCUCGAUGACGAUGAUGAUGGAGAUGGUAUUCCUGAUAACGAAGAAGAUGCCGAUGGCGACGGAAUCCCUGAUCACCGUGACAUUGACGCUGACGGUGACGGUAUACCAGACAAUUUACCCGACGCGGACGGAGAUGGUAUUCCGGAUUCUAUUGAUACUGACAACGACAAUGAUGGUAUACCUGACCGCCAAGAAUCCUUUAAGACCAAAAACAUCAAAACAAAAUCGAAGGUUAAGACGGAGGAUGACGAUGACGACGAUGAAGACGACAAUGGUGACGGAAAGGGACAGAGUUUAUUUGGACGAAUAAUUGGGAGUUUAAAAGACAUGUUUUUAUCAGAUGACGAGGACGAUACAAAGAAGAAAGUUAUUAAAAACAUUCCAAAGGUUCAACCUAAAAAACAAGUUAAUGUAAAUAUUAAUCAGAAAAAUAAAAUUAAACCUAAUAGUCAACGUAAUGUAAAAGACAGUACUGAUCAUGAUGAAGAAAUUGAUUUAAUUGAUUUGGUAAAAUCUUCUAUAUUUGGUACAAACGAUGAUGAAGACUCAAAUAAAGCCGAAAAGAAAACUAGAAAACCUGGAAAAUAAAUUAUAUCACAAUUUAGGUAUUUUUGAAUUACUCCUUUUUCUUGAAUAAAAGCCUCAAUUUGAUAUAAUUUCGCCUUUCUUCUUUGCUUCAAGAAUUCCAAAUUAUUUACACAGAUUUGGUAGGUUUCUCCGAAUCUGUCCUAUAGAAUGUAUUUCCAGCAAAUGUUUAGACUAUUUGAUGUAACUUUUAGAUUUGUUUUCUUCUGUACUGUGAAGAAUGUAACGAUAUACACGUACUUUUAAACGAUAUCAUAACAUACACGUACCUAUCUUUGCAAAUAUGUUUUUAUUGUGAUACAUUUUUAUGACUAGUUUUUAAAGCUGUAUCAUACUGCUCAUACGAACCGAAUAGAUCUGGAAAACUGAUAAAAAAAAGGACCGGGGAUGCUAUUAUGUGAAAAAAUGACUUCAUAACUGAUAGAUAAUGUUUGUAUGACUGUUUUUUGUUGUUGUUGUUGUUUCCACAUUCUAAAUUUCAUUUUGUAUAUAAAAACAGCUUAAUAAUAUUCGAUAAACAAACACUUUGUGGUUGUGUGAACAGGAUGGUAUCAAUUUUACAUUUUUUUCCCUUUAUCAGUUUGAAAAAGAAGUAUCUAAUUGUUCUUUUAUGAGGACUCAUGUGACUAGUUGGCACAAUUCUAGCUGUAUAUAAAUGCACCAUCACAAAACCACAUCCUGUAGAGCAAAUCGAAUUUUAUUAUUAAUUAUGGGAGAAAUGAACAAACAUAAAGUCGAACUUUACUUAACACAAAUCUGACUUUUAGUGCAAAUGUUUUGAUAUAAAGUUAGCAAUUCUGCUGUAUCACUUCUGCUAAAUCUAUCACAAUUUUCAGGCUUUUUACCGGUACCAAGUAUCUGUGGCGUUCGUCUUUAUUUCAUGAAGAUUCGGGCAUUAGUAAAGUUAUGAGCAAACCAGACGUUUUGUUUAGGAACUAACCUUCUGGUCACGUGGGUUCUCCAUAGUAUGUAUACAUGUACUUUACAAAGAUUUUUUUUUUAAAAAGCAACAUUUCAUUGUGUAUAUUAAAGGUUGUGCGACGACUUGUGUGUGUGUUCUUGUUUAUGUGUUAAUAUGUUAAAACUUGAAAUUAUAUAUUUUCAAUUUUUUUGAACUAUUUGUAUGAUUUCCUUAACAGAAUUACAUAUCAUUUUUGUGGCUUUUAUGUUUGCUCUAAACACAUAGUAAGCAACAUAUAUCUAAAUAUUACAUAUACUUAUAUGCUCUCUAAAAAUCUUAUUUCCCUUGAUCUAGACAGUUACCUUUCACAUCGAAUAAAUGCCAGUUUCAGAGUGUUUUUAUAUAUACAAUAAAUAUGUUAAGUUUGAACAAGCUAUUAUGUCAAAUGUCAAAUGUUGGUAGAUCUGGGUGCUGUUGUGUGGUUGGUUUGAAAAUGUUACUUUUCUCUAAUGAAACAAAUACCGUCUCUUGGGCCGUUGCAAAUGGAAUGCGUUCAUCAGGAGAAGGUAAUGUUGAGCGCGGCCAGUCUAUAAUGCCUUUUUCUAAUGAAUAUCCAAUUAUAUCCAAUGGCCAAAAUGUCAAUAAUUGUAUAUGAGAAUGUAAUUUAUCAUAUGUCAUCUAAGGUAUUACCAUGUUCGUGUGAGAGAACGAUAUUUCUGUUGUGUUUUUAAUAUCUUAACCUUAGCCUGCUGACGGCAAGUGGGUGCAGGCUGAUCAUGGUCUGCACUGUUCGCUAUUCAGUCAGUAAAUUUUCAGUGAACACCCCUUCAAAUAAUAAAUGGUACUGCCCAAAUUGAAUGAUGGACCAGUCCAUUUUAGAAAUUCAGCGAAGUAAGGGUUAAAUAAUUUCAUUAAUUUGACAACUUACGGAAGAUAACGACCAAAACUAUAAGAUUAUCGACAUUUUUUUUUUCAAAAAAUGGCUCAUCAGGAGUCACGUUUAGUAAAGAUUGUUGGCUAUGGUUCUGAACCAUCAAGUUAUGUAUUCAAUUCAUCUACUUUUAAAAAAAAUAGUAAUGUAUAUUUAAAUUAUUAUUAUCAUCAUGUUUCGAAAAAGUAUUAGCCUUAUACCGAUCAUGUACGAAUUUUGAGAUUUUUUUUCUGAAUUAACAAACGUAAGGAAAACUCUUUCAGACAGACUGUCCCUUCUAUUAUGGAGGCUCGUUACUUCAUACAUAUACCCAUCACUCAGCACGGGUCAUCUUUAUUACUCUUUUGUUAAAAAUGUCAUUAUGUUUGACUUUAGACUGCAUAACAGAAACAUACAAAAGAGAACGAAGAAUUGAUAUAUAUUACAACUCAUUUUAUGUGUACGUAGUGGCUGCAUUAUCUUGUUUGUUAGAUUUUGUAUCAACAUUAUUCAUAUGGUUAUAUAUUGUGAUGACUGUGUUGAUGGUUGUCCACACUUAGAUGCUAAAACUUCAUUUCGUUUUGUUUCAGCUAUUGUCUAUAUAUCAUUAUAUUCGUUGCAUAGUUUGAGUACAGUAUACCCUCUGUUAACAGUACAUCAUUAGAGCAGAUAAUGAGCCGCGCCAUGAGAAAACCAACAAAGUGCUUUGCGAUCCAGACCAGUCUGCGCCUAUUGCAAUUAGAGAAACUGUUAGCGAACAGCAUGGAUCCUGACCAGACUGCGCGGAUGCGCAGGCUGGUCUGUAUCCAUGCUGGCCGCAAACGCAUUAUGUUGAUUUUCGCAUGGCGCGGCUCAUAACUCUUUAAAUAUGCGUCUUUUUUUCACAAAACAUAAAAUUCUGUAUAGCAACAACUUCUGUACAACAAGCACAUUGAUGUUUGCUCUAAACAGGGUUGACUUUGAAUAUUUUUGUGAAAGUUGAAUUCUUAUUGUCUCCAUACACUGUUAUUUUCCAUUUAUGUAAAAAACGAACUUCUAUAUAAAGUAUGUUAUGGCUUAUUUGCGCCCAGUUUCGAUACUUCUUGCUAUCAUUUUAUCUUGUUUGAUACUGAUUUUGGAAUAAUUUAAUUACAUGGGAAUAUACGUUGAUUCUUAUGAGAUUUUAUAUCACAUAUUCGCUUAUAUAUACCUGUAAAUAUGAUUUAUCUUGCUUAGGCCUAAAAAAUGUUUUAUUUUCCGGUAUCCCGACCUACCUUUAUGGCCUUGGAGAUUUUUUUUCAACUUUUUAACAAAAAGUUACAAAAUUGCACUUUUAUGCUUUAAACAUGGUCAGUGAUGUUAAAAAUGAACUUACUGAUGCUCUAAAGACGUAACCCCCUUAUCUGUAUUCAUUUUUGACACAAAAAUAAUUCCGAAAAGUCCCACUUACUAAUAAAAAUUAAAAAAAUAAAUAAAUAAAUCAGUAAAAAAAUACCGACCUAUCAACCCUAAUUUUUUUAGCAUGUUACCGGAAACAAACAAUUUUUACGCCUUAUUUAACAAGAUAAGUUUAAGAACAUAUUAUGCAAUUGGGGAAAAAUGUGUAAUUGUGCUUAGGAAAGCGUUAAGCAUGUACCUGCGGUUUGAUCCACCCUUUUCUGUUUUCCCUCUUGAUUUCUCUUUAAAUAAGAAAAAAAAUGAAUAUCAUUCAUAUUAUAUGUCAUUUUUAGGAACUCUACAUGUGAAAAAAGAGCAUUUCAUAUUUUCAAAAUAUCUGUAUUAGUUUUGAAUUUGUUACCAAGAAACGAUUUUUUUCGAAAUGUAAAUUUAGCCAUUUUCGGACAACAAACUUUAAAAACGUCAAUUUUGGCUUUAUCUGUGUAUGGAUUGUAAUAAAACUUUCACGAUAUCUUAGCAUAAUAGAAGUAACAUUUCCUUGGUAAACUUUUGAGAAAAAAAUAAUGACAGGGAAAAUACAUUUUUGUCAAUAAAACUGACAUUAUUAAAGAUAUAUUAAAAAUAAUAGAUGUCCCUACUGCCACCCACAGAGACCUUUAGAAUGACAUGUAACUUAAAUUUACUUCUUGCAAAACAACAACAACAACAAAAACAACAACAACAACAAAAACAACAACAAAAAUCACGUAAAAGACUUUGCUACAAUUGUGGCGGAUCAAACGCUAGUAUAAUAUUAGUAAUUACUAUAAUAAAUAAAUGGUAUUACAUAACGAUAUGAUCUUUUUUUUUUUCAUGUCGGCAUUAGUAUUUAUCUUUUCCCAAACUAGUCUUGUUUUCAUAUCCUGUAGGUGAAUACAUGUUCUAAAUGUUUGAUUCACAUAUUUAUCAUAUGAUGCCUUCCAUUAAUUACGUUAAUAAACGUACACUGUAACCGACAACCACUACAUAUUGCGGCCGAAAGCCACUAUAUUAUAGGUCGAAGAUUUUUUUUUCAUUUCUUCUUUUUUUUUUCCAUGUUACUCCAUCAAAAUGCAUUUCUGUUCAAACAUAGAUGAUACCGCUCAAAAGGCUCGUGUAAAUGUUUCUGGAUAACACACUUUUAUGAAAUAUGUCAAUCAAACAUUAGUUCACUGGCGUUUUGUUUAAUUGUGAUGAAUUGUUAACACUUAAUGUAGAUUUAUUUUUGUAAAGCGUUACCGAUAUUAGAGAUUUCUUGGGGCGGAUCCAGGUUUGCUUAAACAUAUUUUAAUAGAGCGCAAAGUCUUUACAUUUCAUAAUGAAUUGAAGUCAUUGUGAUGAUUUUUACCAUCGAAUUACUUUCAAAUACCAUUUUAUAGUAUGCAAGAAGUACAAAUGAAAUGAGGUUUUGUCUCUCUUGAGCACAAAAUUUUCUCAUAUUUCUUUCGGAAUGUUAGUUUAACAGUGGCCGAUGUUUCUCAGAAAUAACAUUAGAAUUAUGGCAUAUUGCAGUUUUAACGCAUAAGAUGUACAAUCCUUGGGCAUUUAUUAAAAAGUACACCAAACGUGUAUGUUCACCAGAUCACAAACAAGUUCGAUAAUGGGCAAAGCUUGCUUAAAAACACCAGAACAGUGACCUUGUGUUAUCAAAUAAGUCAUACUUCGCAUGUUGAACACGUUAAAGACCUCGUGCAUGUAUCGUAAAUACAGACACGCACAUAAACAAUUCACAAGAUCUCGGACAAGCAUGAUAAAUGUGCAGACUACUCAAAUAACACAAAAGUGUUGACCUUUUUUAAAAAGUAAAAACUGCUAUAUUUCAAAUUGUUAACGGACAAAUUAUAGCCUUGCGUAACUUUAUAACAAGUACUCAGGUCAGCGAUAUAGGAACAUUAUUCUGUUCUUAAAAUAACUUAAAACGAACAAAAUAUCUUGCUUUUAUGUAAUCUUGUUUUUUGAAAGUGAUAAAAAUAUAUUAAGCUUUCGCUUUCAAUUAAAUCGAAAUACACGAGUACCAAUACAUAGUUUUGAGUACCAUUCGCAAGGAAGUUUUAAAUGUGUAUAUGCCUGGAUCCGUGCGUGUACUUUCACUUCCAGGUCCUCUCCUGCAAGGACUUGGACUACACUUUUUACAUUGUUUACAUCUUGUUUUAGCCGUAUGUCUGCUUUCUCAGAGUGUUACACUGGUUUCCAAGUUUCUUAUGGAAAUAAAACAUAUAAAAUGUU